GUUUGAAUCCUGGGACAGUUGAUGUGGUGCGGCCGGUCCCUUCCACGCAGUUUGCUAGGUUUAAAAAAGGCCUUCCUGGAAACCUCUUCAGAAUGGAUGAACAUGGGGAAUUCUCUCUACUGACUGAUGAGAAAUUUGACUUUGAUAUAUCAUUGUCUCCUACAAGUGCAAAAGAAGACAAUGGAGAUUGUGAUGAUGAAGUAUUUAUUGGGCCUGUUAAGCACAAAGAAAAAUGUGUUAGUGCUGCACUUGCCAGUCGAGAGUCUGUUGAAAAGACCCCUCUACAGACUAAGGACAAGGCCAUCUGGAGCCCCCUCAGUGGAGAUAAAUUUGUGGAGAUAUUCAAAGAGGCCCAUUUAUUGGCUCUACAGCUGGAAUGUGUUGCUAGUGAAGACCAAAAGAGAGAGCAAGUUGAACAGACUGCUAACAGCCAUGUGAUGGAGAUGUUUGUUCAGGAGUCCAAAUCUAAACUAAAAUUGCUUGAAGCUGGCUUUGAGUGCAGCAAGACUCCAGUCGCUCUAAAGAGAGAGACAUAUUGUGUGCAGGAGAGUCCUUACCACCAAUUGCCACCUUCUGUUCAGCAACGACUUGCUGUGUCCAGCACAGAUCAUGGGAAGCAGUCUGGUGCUGAAAGUUCAAAGCAAUGCAGCCCAAUUAGAGCACUGAAACAAACUAAAACCCUCUCUGUUUCCCCACUUGCACAGAAAACUAAAGCACUACAGCCAAAAAGCAAUGUGCCAGCUGCAAAUGGCAACAAGCCCACACUAAGCCGGUUACAGAAUACAAAGACUUCUACAAUGCAUCAACAAAAGAAUUUCCUAACCAUUGAAAAGCCUAAAAUAAGCAAGAAACAGAGUCCAGUUAGACGGAAACACCUAAACAGUGCUGACUCCAUUGAAGAUCUUCUUUCAGAUAAAUCAAGCAUUGCAUCUGAUGUCAGUGAUACGUCCAUCAAUACCAGCAUUGUGGGUCAAACGAAGAGAACUCUUCAAGCCCCAAGCAAGUCUAACCUGAAAACAGAUUUUAAAGCACCAGGAUAUGGAGCUUUCAGAAGGAACACCUCCUCCUCCUCUUCCUCCCAUUCCAGUGUAAAUACCAGCUUAAACUCCAGCUCAGCCUUCUCCCCACCUGCUGGGAAUGCAAAACUAAAUGCCUCCCUAACCACCUCUAUCAACGGCUCUAAGCUCAAGACAAAUUCAAGUAGAUUGGCUCUAGCUCGUCCUACUGGAGGGUCUGCUUCCUGUUUAAAAACCAGUAGCACUGACCUGUCAAACCCCCUGCCGAGACAGACAAGUGCAGCAAAGGUAAAGGUUGCUGUGAUUGGGAACAAGCCCUCUGCAGUAUCUGUGGGCCAACCACAGACGCCAGCUGGCAAGUUCCUAAGGCAGACAUCUGCACCAAACCUUCUGAGGGUUCCUACCCAAACAAAAGCAGAGAAUGCCGUUAAAGGAGUGACUGGUAGUAAACCUCAAGCCAGAGUAUUGCCGACUCCAACAAGCCGCCUCAAGCUGCCUCAGAAACCUGGAGCCAUGUCACCUGAUCGUUCUGUAGUGAAAACAAUGCAGCCGACCAGGCUUCUGUCUUGCGGUGAUAUCAGAAGUGUGAAUGCACAAAGUACACCUUUGAAGGAUAAACCAGGAACACAACCCAGCCUUUUGAAAACAAUAUCGGCAACUCCUAGUACCAAACGUUUAUCAGCCUUACCUACACCCCUUAAUCGGAGAACUUCUAGUGUUUUAACAACUCCCAGAACCAUUCCAAGAUCUUUUGCAUUUGUACGCCAGACACCAGCCCAGUCGGUAUCUACUAAAUCAUCUGCUGUCAAGCCUCAUCUUCCUAGGAAUGGGGAAUAUGAAGGAAAUGAAAUGCAUGCACCAAUUAGCCCCUCUUCUCCCACAGAAGAGGAAAAUUCUAUCCCUGAUGUUGUUCCUUGUUUUUUAAGCUUCUCUCCUGAAAACAAGCCUGUUUGUGGGAAAGAAAGAGAAAUGGAAAAGCCAUUGCCUGCUCCAACAACGGAGACUUUAUUGAUUGAUAUCGGAAUAGAAAAUAAUGAAACUGAUAUUAAAGUAAGAAAACCUUCAUUGGUUGAAUUUGAUAGCCAACCUCUCAUUGACCUUUCCAACACUCCGGAAUGUAAUAGGAGAACUGGGCCCCCGAAAUCUGCUCAUAUUGGCCAGUUGAUAGAUUUAAGUUCUCCCCUUAUUAAUCUGAGCCCUGUUGGGAAUAAAGAAAACAUGGACUUUGAUUCUCCUCUCUUGAAAUUUUAAGACUUGGCCGUGGCCAGCACUGUGAAAUUUUCCUAACAAACUGAAAGGCUGUUGGGGUUUGUGCCAAUUUAAAAUGAACAAAACGUUUGUUUCCAGAAGCAUAAUGUCACCAUCAUGUACGCGGGCAGUAUAUGAAGACUAAACUGCAUAUCAUUUUAGUUGUAUCUUGCGGAGUGUUUCUGAUUGGGCAGAGUUAAAUAAUGUUUUAUUAGUAAUUCUGACCUGCAAACCAAAUAGAUUCUUAUUGGUGUCAAAUUGUAACCUAUUUAUUUAAAUACUGGGUCUUUGUAUUUUCUCCAUCUUCCAUAAAUGUUGACAAUGAACAGAUAUUACGGUUAUAAUUGAAGUAUCGGUCUCAUUUAGUAGUCUAAUUGCCGAUUCAUGAAUUCUAAAACGGAGUCGGAAAAUCUCCCCAGUGUAAGCUUUCUGUUGGUUUGAGUGAAUCCUUUUUGCUACAAAAUAACGACGUGGUACUUUCUAAAAUAAAAUGAAGAUUGGAAAGGGUGUAAACGUAUUAGUGUUUUCAUCUGAAGUAAAGAGGGUACUGCAAAGCUUGCAUAUUUUGUAAAGGGUAAAAAAGGUCUUUAAAAUAAGAAAAUUGUCCCAUGCAAGAUGUGUUGUACAUUUUAUUGAAAUGUAUCAUUUGUUUUAAUCUUGUUCAAUGAAAAAAUAAAGUUAGCUGAUGCAUCA